AUGGUCACACAUAAAGUAAAACGAGAUCUGCAAAAGGCUGGGCAGCAACCAUCAAGACCGCAGUCAUCCUCCCGUAAGAGCGCACAUCUAGAAAAAAUGUUACUUCCUCAAGAGCAACCUGUAUCCAAAGAUAGGAAUACAGAAUCGAAGCAACCAUUUCCUUCCCCAGUUAGCAAUACUCCUGGUAUAGAGUUAUCGCAGGUCGAUAAUCAUCAAUUAAAGCGAAAACGACCACAAAACGAAGCCACCACCCCUUCUAUCAUUCCUUUCGAAAAAUGA